AUGGCGACGGCUGGUAUGCGCGUGCUCGUGCUGGCAGCGCUGGCAGUGGGGUUGCUGGCGGCGGCAGUGAGUGGAGCGCGGGACGCCAUGAAGGUAGCCAGGGGGCUGGUCCCAGAGGGGGGUGCGGCGGCUGGCGGGGUGGGCGCGGGGCAGCAGAGGAAGGGCGCGCGCAUUCUGGCGGCUGAGACCUUCGCUCACCACGCGCCUCUGCCCGACUACCUCCACCACAUCCCCCGCCGCCAGGCCCUCGCCACCACCCGUUCCUGCUCUCCGUGCCUCUCAUUUCACUGUUCUCCUUGGCUUUCUCUGCUCCCUUUACCUCAUUUCUCUGCUCCCUUUACCCCUCAUUUCUCUGCUCCCUUUACCCCUCAUUUCUCUGCUCCCUUUACCUCAUUUCUCUGCUCCCUUUACCCCUCAUUUCUCUGCUCCCUUUGCCCCUCAUUUCUCUGCUCCCCUUACCUCUCCUUUCUCUUCUCCCCUUACCUCUCAUUUCUCUGCUCCCCUUACCUCUCAUUUCUCUGCUGCCCGUACCUCUCAGUUCUCUGCUUCCUUAUCUCUCGGUUCUCUGCUUUCCUCACCUCCCUUUCUCUGCUCUGCGUGACUCCCAUUUUUUCUGCCCACCUGACCUCUCAUUCCGCUGCUCCCCUUGACCUCGCCAACCCCGCGCGUUACCCCACGCAGUACCAGACAGGCGACAUUUUCGUGCAGACCACGCCGGGGUACUGUGAGAUGCGCAUGAACCGCGGUGCUAGCGGCAAACUGCAGAUGCUCCCCGGGGAGACGGUGAACAUUGUGUAUGCGCAUACGUGGGACUUCCGGCCCUGCGUGCAGGAGCUGCGCUUCGGCAACGGCAACAGCUACUCAAUGACCAACACCACCGAGUGCCAGCUCGCCAAGGUCAUCUAG